AUGGCCGUCGCGGCGCACCAGCCGGUCCGCACCUUGCACACCGACCACCUCCGCGACUCGCCAAAGCUCCCGCAAAAGUCCAAGCGCUCCUCGGACCACCACAACUCGCUCGCCGCCCUCACCGCCGCGAGGCCCAUCACCCUCGCCAGCCUCCUCGAGCACCCGGUCGAGUUCGUCCACGCGAGCACAAACACUCGCGACGACGUCGUCCCGUACGUGCCCAUCAACGCCCCAAAGCCGGCCCCUGCAUCUGUCGCCAAGCUCUCGAACGGCUCGACCCACGGCUCGCCUGUCGCCUCGACGUCCAAGGCGCCCCAUGCCCCUCCCGGCGCAUCGGCCAACUCGACCGACUCGCCCACGCCUGCCCGUGCUUCCGCCGUCUUCCCCGUUAUCGACACGUCGGUCGGCUGGGCUCGCAAGCACCCGGUCGGCGCAGGCCUCCAAAACAUGGGCAACACGUGCUUCCUCAACUCGGCCCUCCAGGUCCUCCUCCACACGCCGCCACUCGUCCGCUACCUCGAGGGCCAGGGCCAUUCGCACGCCAACUGCGUCAUGGUGCAAAAGAAGGGCUGGUGCAUGACGUGCGCCAUGAAGAUGCUGGUCAAGCAGUCCUUUGCUCCGGGCAAGCGCUCGUACCAACCCAAGGUCGUCGUCAACCACCUCAAGGGUAUCGCUCGGCAUUUCCGCAUCGGUCGGCAAGAAGACUCGCACGAGUUCUUGCGCUUCUUCAUCGACGCCAUGGCGGCAACUGCCCUCGCCGGCAAGAGCCCGAAACUCGAGCAGAAGGUCAAGGAGACGACGUUCAUCCACCAGCUGUUCGGCGGCCGCCUGCGCUCGCGUGUGCACUGCCUUGCGUGCGAGCACAACAGCGACACGUUCGACUCGAUCCUCGACCUCUCGCUCGACCUCGCCGGCGGUCGCGCCAACAGCCUCAAGGACGCUCUCGAGAACCUCGUCCGCAAGGACAAGCUGACGGGCCAGAACAAGUACAAGUGCGAGAAGUGCAAGAAGCUCGUCAACGCCGAGAAGAACUUUACGAUCGACGAGGCGCCGCUCGUCCUCACGAUCCACCUCAAGCGCUUCACGCCGACCGGCCGCAAGCUCGCGUACCCGCUCAAGUACCCCGAGCAGCUCAAGCUCGGUCCCUACAUGUCGUCGGUCAACUCGGACUCGGGCCCGUCGUACCGCCUGUACGGCCUCAUCCUCCACUCGGGCUCGGGCCCGCACUCGGGCCACUACACGUCGUACGUCCGGGCCGCCGACGAGCGCUGGUACGACAUGAACGACGACUUUGUCAGCCCGGUCCCUGGCGGCAAGGCCCCUCUCGGCGAGCGCAACGCCUACGUCCUGUUCUACAUCCGCGAGCGAGGCGACGCCCUGCGCCAGGCCGUCAACGGUGCGCCUGCGGCGGCCGGCGUGCCCUCCAAGGUCAACGGCGGCGGCGGCGGCGCGUCGGGCAAGCGCCCGCGGGACAGCCUCGCGAGCCAGAACGGCGCGGUCGCGUCGCCCGCCCAGUCGCCUGCGGCCAAGCGCGCACGUGCGUCCCCGGACGCGGUGCGGCGCAGCUCGUCGCCGCCUGUGCCCGUCCGGAUCCCGUUCGUCACGGGCCCGCAGCCGCCGCAGGUCGCGACCGCCUCGUCGCCGGCAGCCUCGCCCGCUCAGGCGCGGUCGCCCCAAGCUCAGCAGAAGCAGCAGCAGCAGCAGCAGCAGCAGCAGCAGCGCAAACAGCUCGUCAAGCUGCCCGUGCACGGCGCGCUCGGGCGCCGGCAGGGCCACAAGGGCGGCAAGAAGGUGCGGCCCGAGUUUGGCGGCGUCGCCAACAAGCCGAGGGUGAUCCAGGGCUAA